AAACUUUCGCUUGUAAGAAGAUAUCUUCUUGGUUUCAAUUAACUUUAGAAAUCAAGUACGAACUAGUGUGGUCAAGUAAUUUAAUCUCCAUUCCAAAGGGUAAGAAAUGGCUCAGCUAUGGCAUGCUGCUCUUCUGCUUCUGUUUCUCCCGUCAACGGUUGUUCAUUCCCUGCACUUCAAUUUGAUUCACAAGUACUCCGUCCACUCUCCGCUCUUUCCUGGAAACCUCACCGAAGAAAAGAAGGUGCAGCGCCUUUACGAGGGCGACAUGGCUCGUGCGCGGCUCCUGCGGUCAUCCCUCUUUGGUCUCAACUACAGUGUAGAACAUCUCCGCCCUAAUCUCAAAGCCGAAUCAGGCAUCUACCUGAUAGAGGUCUUCAUCGGCACGCCGGCAAGGAGAAAAUAUUACUUAGUGUUCGAUACCGCUAGCGCCGUUCUGUGGCUGCAAUGCAAGCCAUGCAUCCAUUGUUGGAAACAAGACACGAAAAUCUUCCACCCUGCCAAAGAGUCGAGCUCUUUCAAUCCCAUACCGUGUAAUCAUACAUUGUGCGAUCUGAAAGAACCCGGGUGGAAAUGCGUUAGAGGCAAGUGCCAUUAUUCUCUCACAUAUGGCGAGGGCAGUGCGUCGAGGGGCAUCCUUGCCUCCGAGACAUUGGGAUUCGCAUCCGAGGGGUCGUCGCGAACGGAGUCGGUUCGCAACUUUGUGUUCGGCUGCGCAAAUGACAACCGAGGUUUCCAAGCACAUGAAAAAUUUUCCGGAAUCUUUGGCCUUAAUAUGCAGCCGUGGUCACUGACAAACCAACUGUCGGGCCGGAUUGGCGGUCGGUUCUCGUAUUGCCUCUCUCCGAUGACAGGCCACAAGCACCCUCCGAGCCGGCUGAAGUUUGGCAACGAGGCUGUGCUUAGAGGCCCUGGAGUAAAAACCAUUCACAUUGUUCGCUCGCCAACUGCAGUGUCAUACCCCCUCCCUCUCUCUGAUGUGAGCGUUGGUGGCCGCCGCCUUGGUUUUAAACCGGAGGACUUCGCCAUGCGCAAAAGGGCUGACGGCCGCAUGGGAGGGGGAUUCAUCAUCGACUCGGGAACGACGUAUACGAUAUUCAGCACCGGAGGCCCGUACGAGAGGAUAACCGAGGCAUUCAAGGCGUUCUUCGAACCGUUUAAGCUGCAACCGACGAAGCAUGGUCGGUUUGGCGUGUGUUACAGGCUGCCGCAGGAGGAGUCCAUGGUGAAAUUGCCGAGCAUGACACUCCACUUUGGCAAUCACACCUAUUAUUUAGUGCCCCCGAGGUAUACAAUUGUGACGGAGGGGAGAAUAAUGUGCGUCGCCAUAACAAGUUAUCCGGGCUUGAGCGUUCUUGGAUUACAUCAUCAAAUUGAUUAUCAUUUUUCCUUUAAUGUCAAAGAGAGGUUAUUAUCCUUCGUUCCUGCAGAUUGCAGCAAAGUUGAAUAAAAUCUAUGUUUUAAGGCAAAAGCCAAUUCCGGUAUCAUAGAACAUCAAAU